AGGAAGAGGAUAAAAGAAGGAAGAGGAGAAAAGGGGGAUGGGGAGGAGGGGGGAGAAGGAAGAAGGCUCUCAUUGGGAGCUGCCCCCUUGGGGACCAGUGGGCAGUGGGAAGCCCGCACCGAGCACCCCAGGAUCCCCAGAGCCCAGACCCAGCUCCCCGUAGCCCCCACAUCCCCUGAAGCUGAAGGUGGGAGCCCAGCAGUAUGCAUGCUUCCUCCCCCAGAUUUUCCCUCCCAGAACACUCCAGAUGGGGAGGAAGAGGAGGCACCAGCCACAAGUCCCUUGGGCAGCUGACAAUGGCCUGGAGGAUGAGAAAGGGGAAAAAAUGGAGACACCAAACGGAUCAGAGCUGUGUUCAGGACAAUCCAAGGGGAACUUGGCCCAGAAGGCAAACUCAACACCACAGCACCAACCACGGUGAAGCUCCAAGGAACCAAGUGGAGAAGCGAGGCUAGAGCCCUGUGGCCACCAAUCAAUGAGGACGGGUGGAAGCCCAAAAGCCUGCCAGAGGGAUCCCACGGUGGGGAGAUCCUAUAACAUCAGAGAGGCCAGGAGGCCGGGAGGCACAGCAUGUGGAACCUCCUAUGGGUGUCCGGACUGUGGGAAGACCUUCAGCAGGAGGUCGUUCCUUGUCCCCCACCAGAGGAUCCACACUGGAGGGCCCUUCACAUGCCAUGAGUGCGGGAAGGGUUUCCGAGUGGGGUCGUCCCUCAACAAGCACCAGCGGAUCCACACAGGGGAAAAACCCUACAAGUGCUCAGUCUGUGGGAAGAGUUUCCGCCUCAGCUCCACCCUCAGCACCCACCAAAAGGUUCACACCAGGGAGAAACCCUACACGUGCUUGGUGUGUGGGAAGGCUUUUCGGGUGAACUCGUACCUGCUGGCACAUCAAGCCACCCACAGUGUGGACAACCCCUUGCAGUGUCCCGCCUGUGGGAAGCACUUCAGCGUGAGGAGGUAUCUGGCCAUCCACCAGCGGAUCCACAUGGGAGAGAAGCCCUUCAAGUGUCCAGAGUGCAGGAAGGGUUUCAGCCGAAGAUCCGUCCUCAUCAUCCACCAGCGGACCCACACUGGGGAGAAACCCUACAAGCGCCCCGAGUGCGGGAAGGGAUUCAUCAUGAGCUCGGACCUCACAGCCCACUGGAGAAUCCACACUGGGGAGAAACCCUACAAGUGCCUCAGCUGUGAGAAAACCUUCCGCCUGAGCUCCCACCUGACAAGACACCAGCGGUGCCACACCGGGGAGAGGCCAUACAAAUGCACCGACUGUGGGAAGAGCUACACCGACAGCUCUGGCCUCAUCAAACAUAGGAGGCUCCAUGCCGGGGAGAAGAAGUCGACACUCAGCACAGCUCAGGGAGCAAGGAAGAGACUCUACAAAUCCUCCCGCUGUGGUAAGAUCUUCAGUAUGAAGUCAGCCCUCAUGGUCCACCAAGUGAGCCACACCAGAGAGCGACCCUACAAAUGCCCCAAGUGUGAGAAGACCUUCAGCCACAGCACGGCCCUAGGGAAACACCAGUGGGUCCACACCGGGGAGAGCCCCUUCAAGUGUCCUGACUGCGGGAAGGGCUACACUGAUGGCUCCACAUUGCGGAGGCACCAGAGGAGCCACACCAAGGUGAGACCCUAUAAGUGUCCCGGCUGCGGGGAAUGCUUCAGCGUCAUCUCUGCUCUCCUGAAGCACCAGCGGUUCCAUACCAAGGAAAGGCUUUACAGAUGCCCCGAAUGCGAGAAGAGCUUCCACUCCAACUUUCUCCUUGUCACCCACCAGCGAACCCACACAGAAGAGAAACCAUACACCUGCCCCAUCUGUGCCAAAGCCUUCAGCCAAGCUUCCCACCUUACAUGGCACCAGAAGAUCCACAUGAGGAGUGGGGCUGGCACUGCAUGGCGUGCAAUGACCCCAUAGCAAUUCCAAGCCACGCUCAGCAGUGGCACAGGGACUGAUCCAGGAAUCUCAACCACCUCAAGCCCACGGUCUGCCACAAGUCAUUCAUCCCAAGAAGCCUUGUCCUGUAUGCUGCCAGCCCAGUAAGCACUGUAGGGUACGUGCUGCUCACCCAGAUGUUAACUGGAGCCCAGUAUUAACCAGUUACUGGUUACAAUGUGACCAUGCCACCCUUCUAUAGCAUGACCCUUUUUUUUCUCACCCAGUCAACACGCCUUUGGGUUAAGGCUGUGACCACACUUGUAUUUUAAGUUUUUUAUUUAUCCUUACUUCCUAUUCCUUUAUCCCUGAGUCCCUCUCCUACUCCCCUUCCCAAACUGACUCCUCCAAUUAUCUUGCCCAACUCACCCUCAGCUUCACUCCCAUUGUUACCAAAGUCAGUCCCAGAAAAAUCGUAUGUAACCACUACUUUUGGAUCAUAAUUUGUCCCUUAAAUGUGCAGAGAUAGCACUGUUACUUAGUGCAUCCAGACUGAACCUUCUUGCCUCCUGCUGGCCAAGGAUGGCUCUGUUAUCACACUCUAAUUCUGCUCAGCUUAUGCCCAUACAAAGAUUUUACAGGGUAUUUGGGGACUUUAUGGUGUAUCUGGGGACAGGCACAGGAGUGCUUUAUAGUAUUGAUGCUGAAGUCCUGGCCAAUAAGCUAGACACAAUGACUACCUCACUGUGCAAUUGUCUCAUUUGCUUACAAUCAUCAUUUAAGUUGGGAAUGGGACCAUAAAGGUUAACCCUUCAUGAGAAUGUAUAGACCAUGGUGACUGUGUGUUAUUGCUAAAUGUCAAGGGAAUGUUUUCUCAGCUUUGAGCUGCCUUCAAACCCAACCGUGGGUGCAAGCUGAAACCAUAAGAGAAGGUGACACCUGCUGAAAUUCAUGGAGGUGAAUUGAACAAUAGGGAAAGGUCCAAGUCACUUGGCCAAAGGAGCCCUGAUAACCAUGGUCAUGUAAGUCUUUCCAUGCCCAGAUAUUAAUUUUAGUCCAGAAUUAGUGAAUUAUUGGAUUUUCUGUUGUUUCAAGCCAGAAAAUUGUGCUACUGUUUCUCAUAAUGUUAUUCUGAAAUAAAUAGAUAGUUCCUAAAGCUCUUGGUCUAGUGUCUUUUACCAUAUCCCAAACCUAUAGCUCAGCAGGGCUGUCUCAAGCCCCCACAGCCUGGCUGGGGGGGGGGGGGGGGAAUUCAUGGCUCUGCUAAUGAGCAGGGACUCAGCCGCAAUAACUCAUUUACUCAUCUAUCAUGGUACCUCCAGUAGCCAGCCAACAGGUCUGCUAACUCUGGUUUCUGUGCCAAAGCUUCCAAACAGGAAUCACACUGUUUGAUUCUGUGCUGCAUUUUUUUAGUCUGAGCUGCAUUUUUUUCUGAAGAAAUGCUAGAUGCAGUAACUAGAGAACAAAAAGUACAAAAGUACAAUUUUCUUUAACAGAAUAGCUCAUUCUGUAGAAAAAAAAAAAAAAAA